AGUGUGACCGCGACGCGUCGGAGUGUCGCGCUAACUAAGCGUGCUGCGCGCGUCUUGUUGCAGUUGGCAGUCCUGCUCGCCCUGGCCGCGCUGCUGGGGGUCGGCGGCGGAGCCCCCGCGCCCGCAGGCUCGGGGAAGCACCAGCGCAAGAUCAUCAUCCACGUGCCGUACUACAUCAAGAACCACCACCACACGCACACCGUGUACAAGUACGUCAACAAGGACAAGGACAAGGACCACCACGGCGACGCAGAGCAGACCCAGGCCGGCGGCGAGGGUUUCGCACAAGACGGCGCCGGGGGCGGUAGCAUCGAGCACGGCGGCCAGCACGCCGACGGAGGAGGCAGUGCUGAGGCCGAGGGACAGCUGGGAGGGGACGACGCCGAGUUCAUCGGCCACCACUUCCACCAGGUCGACGGCGAGGCGACGCAUGACUCGCCUCAAGCACUAGGUCUCCACGGCGGCGAGCCGCAGCCCGUGCACCAUAAUGACCACCACCACCACGAUGACCACCACCACGAAGACUACCACGGCGGUCCCCCCAGUGACGUUCAUCACCACCGUCCGAACAAGAAGCGUCAGAACAGUGUUCGCGACGAGUUCCCGCACCGAGAUCAGCGCGGUCACUACAAACACCACGGCCAUCAUGGUCAUCACGAUCAUCGUGACCAUCAUGGUCAUGAUCACAACCACAGUCAUCAUGACCAUCAUGGUCAUGAUCACAAUCAUGGUCACAGUGGGGACAACCCCCAUUUCCACUCCAAGUUUGUGGUUGGAGCCAAUGAUGGAGAACUGCAUGAGUCUGGCAGUUCUGAAAGCUCUGAGCAGUCAGGACAUAGAGGCUUCCAGCCUUUGACGGGUCACAACUUUAUCAGCCACCCAAGAGAGAACCAUCAGCAUCCAGGCUUUAUACAUGGACAGCAUGAGUCUUUUUCAAGCCCUUCAGAACCACAUGAAGAAGAAGAAAUAGGUGAGAGCCACGAGGAGAAGUACGAAGGCCAGCCAAACCAGGAAAACUACAGCACACUUUAUCCUGAACAACGAACAGAUGAAUCCCAGAAAUAUCAGGAUCCAUCUUCACCCACAGAUCAAAUGGCAUCCUUUAACCGGUUUCAAUACGAUAAGUAUAAUACACACACAUCUUCCACCCGAGACCACAGCAAGAGGCAAAAAGGCAAAAGAGCAGGAGAUAGGUCACGGCGCCAGAAAUAUGAAGUUAAGGAACCAAGUCAAGAGGCACCUCCAUCAAGAUCAAGUCAUUACCACCAAGAGCAUUCAUCAGAUUAUCAGCCAUCAAGCCGCAGAAAACACAAUUUCGAUUGGAGAUAAGAGAAGAUUGUGUUUCUUAGUAUGAAGGUGGAGAAGACACGCUGAUCAAUCGUGAUCUCUUUAAAUUAUAAACCGUGACAUGACUCCGGCUGACUCAUUGUUAACUCUUUAUAUUAAUUGU